GCAGUCGUUCAGGAAGCAACAUGCUGCCGUCUGUGCUGGUAGUUCUCAUGCUCCUCAGUUGCACACGUGGAGAAAACCCUGCAAUACAGUUCACCCUGACCGACAAAGGACUUUACUAUGCAAAGCAUAAAGGCGCCGACUGGAUUCAGGAGAAACUGGAGGACGUCACGCUCCCUGACGUCAGUGGUGAAGUGUCCAUGGGCUUGUUGGGCAGCAUUGACUACACACUGUCAGACAUGACUGUAACAAAGUGUGACCUUCCUGAGCCGUCUGUUGAGUUUUACCCCGACGCCACCGGGUUGAAAACCUCCAUCUCAGACCUCAGUGUGGCACUGACUGGCAGCUGGUCCACACACUAUCACUCCAUACAUGACGGGGGAUCCUUCGACAUGGCUGUGUUCCAGGUGGACGUGACGUCCGUAGUGAAGCUGGGGAAGGAUUCAGACGGACGUCUGUCCGUCACCAGCGUCAGCUGCGAUGCUGAAGUGGGAGACGUGGCCAUGCAGUUCCACGGUGGAGCCAGCUGGAUCUUCCAGCCUUUUGUGAAACACUUCAAAGGGCGAAUCGGCAGUAAAAUACAAGCACAAAUCUGCCCCAGCGUCGAGGAAGAGAUUGUCCAGUUGGAGCAGCACCUGCAGGCCAUGAACGUCUCCUUUGACCUGAAUCCAGUUGUCAUGCUCGACCUCCCUCUGACUGGCCUACCUGUCAUCACUGCGUCCAGUUUGACUCUGGGUCUUAAGGGGGAGUUCUACAGCAUCAGAACUCACACGGAACCUCCCUUUAAGGCCCAGCCGUUCACGCUGCCUGAGCAGCAGGACUACAUGCUGUCACUGGGUCUGUCUGAAUUCACGCUCAACUCCGCCUCGUUUGGAUACUACACAGCUGGAGUGCUGCAGACCACCAUCGACGACAGCAUGAUACCUUCGUACUGUCCUGUCCGUCUAAACACCACCUCCAUGGGGCACUACAUUCCUCAGCUUCCCAAGAUGUUUCCAGGUUUACUGAUGAGUCUAAAGGUUUAUGCUCAAGACGUUCCAGCGUUCUCCUUCCAGCCCGACGUCGUCAGGCUCGGCGUCCAGGCAGGCGUCAAAGCCUUCGCCAUCCAGAAGAACGGCACCCAGACCCCUCUGUUCACUCUCAUCCUUGACUCCAAAUUCAGUGGUAAAGUGUGGACCUCUGAUGCCAGACUGAAAGGCUCAGUGAAAAUGGACAACUUCACACUGAGGUUGAAAGCGACUGAAAUAGGAUCGUUUUCGACUGCUGAUUUGGAAAAUCUUGUGUUGAAUGGAAUUCAGAAAGUAGGCAUCCCAGUGCUCAACGAGAAACUGGCUAAAGGUGUGAUUUUACCCAGAAUGAAACAGGUCCAGCUGGUCAACACAGUUCUGAAGGUGGAGAAGGGAUUCGUGGCCAUGUCUUCAGACACUGAGGUUCUGACCGACAGAGGCGUCACUGACAAACUGUGACGCUCAGAUACUGAGACGUCAAACUGCUGUAACCCAGUUCAGUGUCCUUAACUAGAAGCUGGAUUUGUCAGACAACACGCACCAGGAGCGCUGGUGCUUUAAAGAGUAAUGUUACCUCAGGCCCAGAUUGCACUGAAGACUGAAGGUGAUCAAAGAUAUGUAAUCAAAGUUUGUAAACUUUUCCGUUUUUCUUCUGUCUUUAUAAAGUCUUAUCUUAAAUACGCAUUCUAACAUGUAUUGAAGCUGCAUGCCAGUAGUCAGCUAAAUUCUGCCAAAAUGUUUAUGCUAGCAGCCAUAGAAACAAAUAAAAUGAAUUAAAUGAAAUAAUA